AUAAUGAAUAUAAAUUAGUUAAAAAAGAGUUGAAUAGAGUUGCUAAUAAAGUAGCAUUAGCUACUAUGAAAUCUCUUGCAAGUUUUAGAGAUAGUGCAAGAGCAUUAAAGAUUGAUGAGUUAGAAAAAAAAGCAAUUGAUACUGAUGUUGUAUUAGAGAAUUUAAAAGAAGAAGGUGCUAAGUUAGGUAAGAAAGUUGAUGAAUUAAGAGAAAUUAGUUCUAAACAAAGUAAAGUUAACAGCGAAAAAGAAGCAGCCAAAAAACCUGAUAAGAGAAGUUAUCAAACCAAAUUAGAUGCUGCUGAAACUGAUAAUCAAAAAAGUUAUAAAAAUUAUUUACAAAGUAUAAAAGAUUCUUUAGAAUCAGUAGAACAGGGACUAGAUUCUGUGAAACAAAAUGAGUUAGACCAAAUUAAUCACUAUAUUAAGAAUGGUGAAGUCCCAAUAAAAGAGAGAAUUCUACCUAUAGAACUAAAAGGAGUUUUAGAAGUCAAAAAUAAUGUAUUUAAACUGGCAGGCAGAGUUAAUAAACCAGGAGCUAAAAUCAAAACCUCUGAGUUAAUUAAAUACUGCAAAAAAGUAUUGGCUAAAAAACCUGAAUUAAUAGAAGAUGAUACUUAUGAUCUUCCCAAUCUAAGGGAUAAAGAUCAGAUAGAAGAUUAUAAAGAAGAUCAAAAAGGAUUGGUUAGAUUAGAUCUCUCAGUUUAUAGAGAUGGUAAAGAAUUUACUGAGGAAGGAAUCAUUAAGUACUAUGCUAAAAAGUUAGAAGGACAAAAUUAUGUCAAGAAGCACUAUGAAAAGUCCUUUGAAGAUAAUCAACAAGAAGGUUUCUAA